UUUUUGAAGUGCUUCGCCUCCGAUGCCAACGGCCAGCACCAUCGCCGCCGCCGCUCCGAUCUCCGGCUGCGCCACCAUGGAAGGAGGCGGAGGCGCCAUCGAGCUGCGCAGGAGGAUGGCGGGGCAGUGCCUGGCGUUCGAGCGGCAGAUCUCCGACGGCCGCGAGCGCACCAGGGCGGCGGCAUCCGCGUUCAGCGCCGCCAUCCUCUCCGCCCGCUCCCUCGCCAACCACACCGUAUCCCAACGAGAACAAUUCAACGAACUAAAGGAUCAGCUGCGGAAACUUGAAGCCAAUUUUGCAGAAGCAGUGUCCAUCCAAGUUAGCAAAAUGACAAAGUAUGAGCUUACUCGUGAAUCAAUUUCGCGUGCAACUGCAACUAAUGAGCAGCUCAGAAGCUUACUCAUGGAUCAGAGGGCCAGAAGAGAUGAAUAUGCAGACGCCAUAUCAAAUCAACUUGAAGUUAUUGACGCCCUUGAAGCUAAAAGUGAUGCAACAGGGAAAAAGAACCUAGAAGAGGCUAUUAUGUGGUACAAAAAGUUCCUUGGUUUUCAAGUUGUUGGAGGUGAAGGAGUGAGAUUUGUCUUCAACAAAAUUGACAUCCAGAAGCCUGAUAAUGAAUAUUUAUUUUGCAUAAAGAUCAACAAAGAUAGAUACAGCCUGCUUCAAUGCAUUCCAUUUCUGAAUGGCUCUGAAGAAUUGGUGAAGGAUUUAAACUGCAAUAAUGAUCUGUUCAAGUUUGUAAGAAUCAUGAGGGAGAGGUUCCAGACUGCUGUGAUCAAUGGUCUUCUUCCUGCUAGCUCAUUCUGCUCAGACACAUCAUCCGUAACAGAUUCAUCACCAUCGAUUUUAUCAAAUGAUACUGGAAGUGAAAGUACCACUACAACCAACAGAAAUCAUUCUCAAAGUCGGGCAAAAUAUCGAGAUAAUCCUACUAAGAGAGGAGCCAAUCCUAGCAAUUUUCUAUCUAGCAUUCGCCGCUCCCCACGUGUUGUGGCUGAAGAGGCAACCAGUGGGCACUAGAAACAGUCCAAGGGCCACUUGGGUUGCACAAGCUACAACUGACACUCGUGUACAAUUUGAUGCAAUAUGUCUGUAGGGUUCAUGUGGUCAUCGUAGGAACGACAUUGAGUUUAGAUGGCUGUGAUGGAGUGAUUUCACGCACAAAGAAGCUGAACGCGCUAGACGUGGGGAGAUCCAUCUCGAACUCCCCAUUGUUCAGGUUUACUCCAUCAUCCUAUGGCAGUAAAAAAACUGUAUAGUAUAUAUCUCGAACUCCCCUUCCGCAACAAAGCUGAUCGUGUGUCAAAUAAAACCUUCUGUGACCAAUGCUUCUGAGCAGGGAUGUACUAAGUAUUUAUCUGCUGUAAGCCUCCACCCCGUGCUGAUAGUUCAGCUAUGUUGGCACACUGGUCGCGCAAAGGGCGCAGAUCUGUGGCUGAUGUGAAGGCAUUCCAACCUUUCAUUGACAUCAGUUCACAAGCAUAGACUGACUAGCACAGGAAUAAGUCCACUUAAGAUCCCUCAAUUUAACGAUCUCUCAAUUUAACGUGCAGUUUGUUUUGCAU